AUGAGAAGUAAAGUGGAGGAGAGCUUCACGGAUUUCUUCGAGAAGUGGAUGGCGCAGCUUGAGGAGUGUGCCCACUCGCUCCUCAUUGAGAACGAGAAAGAUCACGAUAAUUUGGUGAAUAAGAUGACAACCCACUACAAGAAUUACUACACCGCCAAAUGGGCGGCGGCGCGUGAGGAUGUUCUCGCGUUCUUCGCGCCAGUGUGGCUCACCUCCUUGGAGAGCGCGUACGUGUGGGUGACGGGGUGGAAGCCGUCCACGGCGUUCCGCCUGGUGCCCCGCGCCGGGAUGAGCGAGGAGCAGGCGAAGAAAGUGGAGAUUUUGAAGGCGAAAAUCAAGGCGGAGGAGGAGAAGGUGGAGAGGGAGAUGGAGCGGCAGCAGGUGGCCGUGGCUGACCGGCGGAUGGUGGAGCUUGCUCGACUGCAGGGCGGCGGCGGAGACACGGUGGCGGAUGUGGCGGUGAAGAACAUGGUUGGUGGUCUUGAAAAGGUGAUGAAAAUGGCUGAUUGUGUGAGGCUCAAGACACUGAAAGGGCUGCUGGAUGUUUUGGGCCCCACACAGAGUGUACACUUCUUGGCUUCUGCUUCAAUGCUUCAGAUUCAGAUGAGGAAAUGUGGGAAGACACUAGACAAUCUUAGUCGUCUCAUCACAAAUUGA